CUAUAGGGAUAAUGGUGACAAGUCUAUUACUCAUUAGGACAACAAAGAAAGAUUCAUUGUAGAUGCAAGCAUUGAUCCACUGAUGUUGAGGAAUAAGUUAACUGCAAUGGCUUUCAUCUCAGUCUCGUCAUGUUCUCCAAUUAUUUUUAGUAAAAGCAAAUUCUUAUCCAUGUCUUCCGAAAGAGAGAACAGAGAUUGCUUCGGAUGGGCAGCAAGAGACGCAUCUGGAUUUCUCUCACCUUACAAAUUCAGCAGAAGGGCCCUUCGAGAUGGUGACGUUUCUCUAAGGAUAACCCAUUGUGGAGUCUGUUAUGCUGAUGUUGUCUUCUGCAGAAAUGAGGUCAACAAUUCAAUUUAUCCUGUUGUGCCUGGGCAUGAGAUUGUUGGGGUUGUCACUACAAUUAGCACUGGUGUUACGGACUUCAAGAUUGGAGAUAUAGUUGGUGUUGGAGCUUAUAUUAAUUCAUGUCAAACGUGCAAGUAUUGCAAUUCUGACAAAGAAAACAAAUGUGCAAAAGGAAUAACUUUUACAUUCAAUGGCAUUGACAUAGAUGGCUCAAUUACUAAAGGUGGAUAUUCCAGUUAUAUAGUUGUCAAUCAAAGAUACUGCUUCAAGAUACCUGAUGGUUACCCUCCAGAAUUGGCUGCACCUUUGCUUUGUGCAGGGAUCACUGUGUAUGCUCCAAUUAUACACCAUCAUAUGAACCAAUCCGGCAAGUCUCUAGGAGUCAUUGGCCUCGGUGGCCUUGGUCAUAUGGCAGUUAAGUAUGGAAAAGCUUUUGGUUUGAAGGUGGUGGUUUUUAGUACAAGUUUAUCCAAGAAAGAUGAAGCCCUGGAAAUCCUUGGUGCAGAUGAGUUUGUGCUAUCUUCAGAUGAGAAACAAAUGCAGGCACUGUCUAACUCCCUGGACUUUAUUAUUGAUACAACAUCUGGGCCUCACCCAUUUGAGCCUUACAUGUCUAUUUUGAAGACAGAAGGCACCCUGGUUCUGGUUGGUGCACCCGGCGAAAUUCGAAUGCCUCCCGGAUCCCUCAUUUUUGGCUCAAAGAGUAUUUCUGGGAGCGCGGUGGGUGGUACAAAAGACAUUAAAGAGAUGUUAGAGUUCAGUGCUGCCAAUAAAAUAUACCCAAAGAUUGAAUUAAUUCCAAUUACAUACAUCAAUGAGGCACUGGACAGGCUUGUUAAGAGGGAUAUCAAGUACCGCUUUGUCAUCGAUAUUGAGAAUUCUCUCAAAUAAGCACGUUUUUUUAAUGUCUUUUUUUCUUAAAUGCCGAAUAUUUCUCAUGGAUCCAACUCGAAUGACACAUUUAGCUCUUUUUUUUUUCAUUUUUAAUAUUUGUACUGUUUUUAAUAAAAAAAUUAAUUUUAGUUGAA